AUGUCACUUCCUGCGGAACUUUGAGGCGCUCUCAUUCCGCGUGGCUCCAGCAUGCCUCCCCUAGGACCGCUUUUGCAGCUUCUGCUUCUGGCCUGGCUUCCCAUAAGCCUCCGGGGCUGCCUGCAGUGCGACCAAAAGUUCAAGGAGAAUGUGGCCAAGCUCCGGACAGAGGUUGUCCCGAGCAAGAUCCAGGACAGCCGCCUCAGGGAGCGGGCCGAAGUGCUCCUCAGCGGUCUGGAGGGGAAUUUCUUCCUGCACUAUGCCACCAGCCAGUUUUCUGGCUUGGCAGUUAAGAGCAAAGUUGACGCCCUGAUCCACGAGGCGAGGUUCAGCACGGAGAGUCUGCUUCAAACCCACCUGACAGACCAGGCUCUGUUGGAUGAAUUGGUUGAAUUCCGGAGGAAAACGACUAUGAAGCUCAAGGAAGCGUUAAAGGAACACCAAAUGAAAGCUUGCGACAAAUCUGCCUGUGGCUGGCUGAGCUAUAAAGUGCUCAAUUGCAAAGGAUGCCAAGAGACCAGUGCCGUCUGCUUGUCGAUAGGCCAGUGCUUUGUGGAUGCCCAGGAACGCCUCUCCCUUCGCUUUGGAAAGCCCAUAAAGGACCCCGAUAUCGCCAAAAAUGGAGUCGCCGUUGUCCUGUGUAUGGGUGGACUGCUCUUCGUGGUGAUGAUAGGCGUGAUUAUCAGGUACUGGAAAAACCGGCUCUUCUUGUACAUUUAGCAGAGAUCCGCCCCUUUUCUGACCCGUAAGGAAAAGGUCCUAUUGAGCUUCCCAGUUGUGAAGUCU